AUGUACUCCAGAACCCUUAUACGACGAUUAAAACAUUCACAACGAAUACCACAGCUGAACUUUAUUUGCAUACGCUGUUUAUCUACGAAAAUCUACAAUACCGCAUCGUCUCGCAUCCAGCAUUUAUCUCAACUUAGAUCCACCUAUGAUAUAGUGAAAGGCUUGAAAGAUAUUUAUGCGGCGGCUGAUACUACAUUCAUUGAGGAUUUGUCUACCAAAUUGGCAAAAUCAAACGAUAAAGAUGUAGAACUACCAUUAAAUAUCUUGCGCAAUGACCUGGUUAAUGAAUAUAUGUUGAAGGACUGCUGUGAUAUCAUUUUGAAAGACGAUAAUGUGGACUUGAUUUUGAAUAGCUUUAGCCUACUACAACGCGUUCACAUCCUUCCUUUGUACGAGUUUCGAGGGAAAGAUAUCAACAUCUUGAGAAUGGAGUUUUUGCAAGUCUUGAUCAAUGAAAAUCAUGUGUCAUUAGCAACAACGUGUGUUUUGAACUUUGUUAAUAACAAAAUCAAAGUACCUUACUCUUUAAUCAAGUUGUUAGUUAACGUUAUUAGCUCAAGUUCGCUCAAAGAAUUCCCCAUGAAUGCGUACUGCCUACUACAAAUACUCCGCAUUAGUCCCCUGAUAAAUCCUUCAGAGUUGUUCACCAGUUUGAUAUAUUUAAGCUCCAAUGCUCAUGGAAAUUAUUUUGCAAAUUAUUUAUUUUUCAAAUACGUUGGGGGUGAAAUGUUUACGAAAAUGUCUCCUCGACAACAACACCAAGUUGUAAUUUCAAUGUUGCAGGUAAAUUUGGAAAAUAGUGACUCGAUAAAGGCACGAAAGGUAUGGCAAAUGGCUAAACCUAUUGUUUUGAACCAUGCUCCCUCAUUGAAUCUAGCUGCCUUGUACGUGCAGAAGUUGAUCCAAACAUUCCAGCUUCAUCACAAUGAAGCUCUUGUUGACCAAGAAUUAGACAAUCUACCGACUUGCCUCGACACAGACGAUAUGAUUGAUUACAAACUUUUCUUUUACGCUCAGUUUUCCGCUGACAAGUUCAACACCUUAGUCAAGUCACUCCGUAGUCCACUACGAAGAUCAUCGCUUACUUCUUUACUACGGGGUUUUGUUCAACUUCGUGAUGAGGCCAAUGCCGAAAAGAUUAUGGAAACCAUCUUUACGCACUCUACUAUUAACGAUAUGGAGUCACAAACAAUUGUGGAGAAAUUACUACAACAAGGGAAAGUAUCAGAGGCUUUAUCAAUGAUACGACGUAUGAAUUUAGCAGUGACCAAAUCCAGUUACUUGGCCGUGUUUAAACACACAUGGAUGAAUAAAGACCAAGCACUAUUUAGAGAAUUGUACUUGAAGUUUAUGAAAUUGAAUCGUGAUGAUCCCAUUUUGGAACAGUUUACAAUCGAGCUCCUUAGAGCUAUAUCCACCACUAGCAAUCGACAAGGGGUGCGCUACUAUACCAAAUUUAUUAAAAAAGUUGAUUUUCAACCGUACAAGACAAAUGAAUUAUACCAAAUGAUUGAUUUCAAACGAUAUGAGUUUUUGGACGAGUUUAGCCAAUUGUUGUAUUUAACUCCAUUUGGUAUGAUUGAGUGCGUAAAGAUUUUAUCUAAACAAGCCUUAUUUUAUCGAGACGAUAUAAGUUUAAGGUGGUGUAUUGAGGAGUUUCGGAAAUGUGGGUGGGAUUUAACAACCAUUAUUGAAUAUUUGGAGUACUUUGAUAGAAACGGUUAUCUUAGGCAAACAUUGAAGCCAAGAGUAUUCAAUUAG